AUGGGGUCCAUGGUGGGGAAGCGACCGGGUAAGUCCGACAGGGCAAUGGCCCCUGGGGGGCAGGGUAGCAACUGGGUCAGGCCAUCAGGUCCUGGGACCCUGAUGGGGAGGCAACAGCUUCAGGCUGCCAGAGCUGGGGGCCCCGGCAAGGAGGCGACUGGGUGGGCAGCCAGGGCUGAGGGCCCCAGUUGGGAGGCGACCAGGGUCCUGAAUGAGGGAGUGGCUUAUCCAUUUGCCUCCCCGCCCGGUCGCCUCCCUGCUGGGGGCCCCGGGGGCCCCUGCCCAUGGAGGCUGAACCUGGUCGCCUCCCCGGAGGAGGCCCCACCCCUGGCAGCCUGUCCUAGUCACCUCCCCGCUGGGGGUCCCAUCCCUGCUGCCCAACCUGGUUGCCUCCCUGCUGGUGCUCCACCCCUGGUUGCCCAAUCCAGUCUCCUCCACGCUGGGGCCUCAGCCCGGGCAACCCGGCCUGGUCGCAACUCCGCCGAGGGUCCCAUCCCUGGCAGCCCAAUCCUGUUGCCUUGCUAA